AUGGUGGUUAUGUACUUUGUAAUGCUGCUGCCCUGGCAUGUCGCUAGUUUCGACAUAACGAGACUGCUGUCGGAAUAUCCCACCUACUCCACAUUCACCCACUACCUCACACAAACGCAGCUCGCCCACGCCAUCAACGCCAGGCAGAAUGUAACGGUGUUCGCCGUCGAUAACACCGCCAUGGCUCCUCUCUCCGGGAAAUCAAUCCACCACAUCAAGAACAUCUUGAGCCUCCACGUGGGACUCGGCUACCUCGAUCUCCACCACAAUCAAACCAUCACCGUCACCACGCUGUCCCAGGAUGAGGGAGCAGUCCUCAAGAUCCAGAACGGCGCCGUCACCCUCGUGUCUUCGGCUAACCCCAACGGCGUGGUGGGCGGGAAAUUGAUCAGACCGCUUCUGGCAGAAUCCGACACCCGGAAUAAAAUUUCAGUGGUUCAGAUAAACAGCCUGAUAAGGAGGAGCAAUCCGGAGUCUCUAAUCCCAGUGAUCUCACCUGUGCCGGUGAUCUCACCCGUCCCAAUAAUCAAUCCAGUUCCCGUCAAAUCCCCCGUUCCAGUGAUCUCACCCGUCCCUGUCAUAUCGCUGGUUCCAACACCCACUCCUGUUCUAACACCAGUUCCCGCCGAUAUUCCAUCACCCGUCCCUGUAAUCUCCCCUGUUCCGGUCAACUCCCCCGUCCCGGUACCAACACCAGUCCCUGUAAUCUCCCCUGUUCCGGUCAUCUCCCCCGUCCCGGUCAUAUCACCCGUCCCAAUAAUCACCCCGGUUCCGGUUUACCCCCCAGCGCCAGUCGGACCGCCGGUCAUCCCUCCGGCGCCAGUAGUGUCACCGGUGCCUGAAAUUUCACUAGUUCCGGUGGUAACACCUGUGCCAGUGCCGGAGACGGUGCUAGUGCCGGUGCCAGCAAUGACUCCAGGAGGUGGUGGAAGUGGCGAUUGGAGUCCCAGCCCCGGUCCAACUGAUGGGGGUACUGGUGACGCUCCAUCUAAUUCAGGGGUGGCCCUUUAUAGUAGCCAUAGCCAAGAAUCAUGCCUCCGCCAUGCUGGCAAUGGGAAGAUAAAAGGACGGUGA